GGAUACCGGUACCAUGGGGAGUUGUUGGGAUAGGCUUUCAGCUUAUCGACAUGACAUCCAAUAAACCUUGCGCCUUGAGACGUAUUGACGGCAGACGAGGAUCAUCAGCUGAGAUAGAGCUAAUUGGCAAGCAGGACUGUGCUAUGAAUGUAGCGGAGCUGAACGUACAGUCGGCAAGAUAUUAUUGUAUCGCCAUGGGCCUCGGAACCACGCAAGAUUCCGACACUCUGCGAGACGAGUUGAAAAGAACUCGAUGUAAAAUCUGCGAUCUCGCGCGGAAAACCAGCGCUUCCCUUGUCACACUCGUCAAAAAUAAUUCCUUCAACACCACAGAGCUUCCUGACCUGGAACGCCUGUACCGCAUGUUCUCUGCCUGCUUGGAGGUAGUGGAAGCCCAAAUGUACAGAACAAUAACGUUAAUGGCAGCCUUCCCGCUUCACUCAGCCAAUACGGUGUUGAUCCACACCGGUCUGACAGAGGCCGUAUUUGCUCACAAAUUUUGUGUCUCCUUGGAACAUCUAGACACGCCAAAGGUCGACCGAAAAGUGAUCGAGAAAGAGGAAAUGAAAAUCCUUCAGCGGGACGUCAGCGAUAUACAUGAAUUACUUUACGACAUCAACCAAAAAAUGGACGUCAAACCAUGGGCAACGGAAACAACUUUAAACAUGGACAAAUACGAAAAUGCAAAGAAAACGGAUUGUCCAGACAUGGACAGCUCAUCCAUCGGGGACAUGGGCCAGGCGAGCGAAACGGGUGUAACUGGCCGUCGGAGAUGUGCUUGUUUCGUGUGCAUAUCGGUUGUCAUAGUGGUUGUCAUAGGAACCGCUGCGGGUAUUUGCAUACCGCUGUUGUUGCGAGAUAGAUGACGUCACAUCUGUCCAUGUGAAUAGAUUACUAAUGCAGAGGACAACAACAACGUUUUGGCGGAGUGUUUGUCCACAGAAACCAGUGAAAAACCAAUGUAUCUUGUCCGGAUCUCCAGAAAAUGUGAAAGGCGAAAGUGCCACUUGUGAGGAUAUUUUUAAUGUAGAUUGUUAUGCAUAAUUGCUAACGCAUAGUAUUGACCAGUGCGGACUGGAUGUACUGGUAUUGUCAUGCGCAGGACACA